AUGACUUCUACAUUGCCUCGUGCCAAAUUCCAUCCAAGUGCGUCGGACGCGCUACCUUCGCCCCAGGCUCCCGACCCAUUCGCCGGCCGCAUCGGCGCGAAUCAACAGUUUUCUCUCGAUAGGAGCAAUUCUACAGAUAAAGAGGUGUUGGAAAAAUGCCCCGAUGCUGCACCAUGGAUCCCAAUAAGAGAUACCUUUUCAUUUGAGCAAUUUCUUGAGAAAGGAUUAUGGAGAGCGGCCGUCGUUGAGGGGCUAGGAACCUGCUUGCUAGUAUACCUGACUAUUAUUUUCCCCGUGGGUCUGGUAGAGAAUAUGAAGGACCUCCCGACCGGCCCAGUUGUGCCUAGUCUGAUUGGUAGUGCGAUCGUGCUGUUUCUGCUUCCUCUAUUUAUUUUUACUCUCGGACCUGUCUCCGGGGGUCAUCUCAAUCCGAUGAUUACCAUAGCAACAUUCUUCAGCCGCUUGACGACGUUUCCGAGGUGCGUUCUCUACGUUGCAUUCCAGACAUUCGGUUCAGCUAUCGCCGGCUGGCUAGUAAGGGCGUCCCUUGAUACACGAUCUUUUAUAGUACCUGGUUGUUAUAUCGACCUUGCCAAAGUCUCGGUCGGCAGCGCAUUCGUUAUUGAGUUUGUCACGGACCUGGCAUUAAUCCUCAUAACAUUUGGCGUUGGCCUUGAUCCUCGCCAGCGUGGGGUAUUUGGGCCCACGCUGGGUCCCAUAUUGAUUGGAAUUGCAUUGGGAGUGUGUAUUUUCUCGACUAGCAUUAUUCGCCCUGGGUAUACCGGGUUCUCAGGAAAUCCCGGGCGAUGCUUCGGCACCAUGGUCGGAUCUCAUUUCUCUUCCUACCAUUGGAUACAGUGGAUAGGGCCGGUGUGCGCUUCUAUCAGCCACGGGCUACUGUACUAUUUCGUUCCACCAUACGAACAGAAGUAG